AAUAUAAGGAACUAUAUAAAUAUAUCCUUAUAAAAUGGAUAAGUAAGUCCAAGGGAAUUUUAAUUCUCUUUGAAAGUAUAUGUUAAGCUUUUAAGCAAUGCUGAUAUAAAAUCCUUUGAACAGCCACUGUUAUGGGUGAUGAUCUUGCCCUCAUCUACACAACUCCUUAAUGUUUCACUUUCUGUCCAUCUCCAGGUAUAUCCAUGCCAAUACCAGUUUUUGGGCUCCAGGAUGAUUCCAAGGUCUUUAAGGAAGGGAGCUGCUUACUCGCUGAUGAUAACUUUGUCCUGAUCGGCUCUUUUGUAUCAUUUUUUAUUCCCUUAACCAUCAUGGUGAUCACCUACUUUCUAACCAUCAAGUCACUCCAGAAAGAAGCUACUUUGUGUGUGAGUGAUCCUGGAACGCGGGCCAAAUUAGCUUCUUUCAGCUUUCUCCCUCAGAGCUCCCUGUCUUCAGAAAAGCUCUUCCAGCGGUCCAUCCACAGGGAGCCAGGCUCCUACGGCCGGAGGACAAUGCAGUCCAUCAGCAACGAGCAGAAGGCCUGCAAGGUGCUGGGCAUCGUCUUCUUUCUGUUUGUGGUGAUGUGGUGCCCCUUCUUCAUCACCAACAUAAUGGCCGUCAUCUGCAAAGAGUCCUGCAACGAGGAUGUCAUCGGAGCCCUGCUCAAUGUGUUCGUCUGGAUCGGUUACCUCUCCUCAGCCGUCAACCCGCUGGUGUACACACUGUUCAACAAGACCUAUAGGUCGGCCUUUUCAAGGUACAUUCAGUGUCAGUACAAGGAAAAUAAAAAACCACUGCAGUUAAUUUUAGUGAACACUAUACCAGCCUUGGCCUACAAGUCCAGUCAGCUACAAAUGGGACAAAAGAAGAAUUCAAAGAAAGAUGACAAGACGACAGCUAACGACUGCACUAUGGUUGCUCUAGGAAAACAGCAUUCAGAAGGCACUCCUACAGACAAUAUCAACACAGUGAAUGAAAAGGUUAGCUGUGUGUGAUGGACUGGCUGCCAUGGCAACCAUGGAGUGCACACUGAGCGAGUUUUCACCUAUCUGGGAGGGAAAAGCAAAAAGCAAAAAGAAAAAACAUAGGAAGGCUGGAAAAAACUAGGCCAGUCUAGUGGAAUCAACAAUGAUAUCUAUAUGCCUCAUUUUAUUUUGUCAAUGAAAAGCAGGGUUCACAAAACGUGCACUUCAAAUAUUCUGACAGCAUUUCAGCUGUGAGCUUUAUGAUAUUAUUUUUAACAUUGUAAAUGACAUGUCUUUAAUUAGCUUUUAUUGUAUAAUUAUAAUGAGGCCAUAAAUAAAUCUAAAUUAACUUCUAUUUUCAAGUGGAAACCUUGCUAUUUACUAUGUUGUUAAUUGAUGGCAUGAGUUGGUCACUUACUGCUGUAAAUAAAAAUAGCUCUAAAUAGUGAAACAUCUGUUGACUAUAAUGGCCUCCUAAAUAAAGAUAAAUUCUCUUUAAGACUUACCAUGAUACAUAUUUUGAACAACAACAAAAAGACACCAAGGACAGUGUUACAAAAUCUGUAUUAUUAAGAUACUUAAAUGAGAUACUUGACAACUUUUUCAUUCCCGCUUUUUCACAGAUGCCAUUUUGAAAUAUUUACAAAGUUGCUGGCAUUUGCUGCACUUCAAGUUAAUUCUUCUCAGAAGUGAAAGAUUUUAAAUGUUAUUUAAUAACUUCUGCUGCUUUAUUCUGAAUUUCCAGCGUGGUCUUGUUUAGUGUUUGCUCUACUAGGUAAACUAUCAAACGGAUAAUCAAAAAUUACCAAAUACAUUUCUAGAAACUGCUUCUCCUAAACAGCACCGUAGAAAUGUUUGGUAACUUGCUCUUUAAUGACUGCAUUGUGCAUGUGUUCCUCCGAGCAGUAGGCAGUAUUGAUGUAACUGUGUCAGGACUGAGGAAAUGAACUCAGGUUUUUGGCUACUGACAGCAGGAGAGUCUUAGGACAUCUCUGUAAAACGCAGGUGACCCUGCUGUUGGCACUGAGCAGAUAAACUGAGGCUUUCAAAUUAAUCUAUAUUAUUUACUAAAACUGUUCAGCUUUGGACUCACAAUUGUCUACUGAAUGGACACACUCUGUGAAGAAAUCUCCUGGGUACUAAGGAUAUAAAAAUAAUUAAAGCAAGAUCUUUGCCUUUAAAGAAAAUGACCUAACUGGAAUGGUUCUUAUCAAAAACAGUCAUUAACAGACUUAUUCGGAGAAUCAGUUCAGCUUAUUUCCUUCUCACCUGCUUCAGAAACAGGUUUGUUUCAAUUCUGAGGAUUUCUCAGUUAGGUUUCCUGACUAGCUGCCAAUGAAUACCAAUCAACCAAAGGGAGGGGGAAAUACCACUCAAGGUUAAAGCUUGGAAUUAGUUUAGAAAUACGCACUUCAACCUGGACUCCAACUAUGACUACCAGAGUUUCAAGCAAAAUUUUUGUUCCAUUCUCCUAAAAAUGAAUUAACUAAUUACAUGCUGAUGCUGGAUUUUCCCCUCCAAAAAAAA